GAUGGGACUACUUGAUGCUCUUAGAGAUUUCAGUUUACUGACAUGGCUGAGGGAAGAAAGACAGUCCAGGAGACUGAUCCUGAUCAUCGUUUUUGUUGCUUUGCUCCUGGAUAACAUGCUGCUGACUGUGGUCGUACCCAUAAUCCCCAGCUACCUGUACACCGUGGAAGCAUCGUCCACGACCAGCAACCAGACCCUGUCCUCCCAGUCAGGAAGCUUCCAGACCAUCGUGUCUCUCUACGAUAACUCCACACGCCUGACCGAUCCCGGUCCCCAGUUCAGCACCCCGGGCCUGACCCCGACCCCGACUCCGCCCUCCAACGAUUCCGACUGCCCCAAAGCGAACGAGCAGCUCCUGAAUGAGAACGUGAAGGUGGGGCUGUUGUUCGCCUCGAAGGCCACCGUGCAGCUCAUCACCAACCCCUUCAUAGGACCCCUGACCAACAGGAUAGGCUACCAAAUCCCGAUGUUCGUCGGAUUCUGCAUCAUGUUCCUCUCUACAAUCAUGUUUGCCUUCUCGUCGAGCUACGGGCUGCUGUUCCUGGCCAGGUCCUUGCAGGGUGUCGGCUCGUCCUGUUCCUCUGUAGCAGGUAUGGGAAUGCUGGCGAGUGUGUACACGGACGACGAGGAAAGAGGAAGUGCGAUCGGCAUUGCGCUGGGAGGACUCGCCAUGGGGGUAUUAGUCGGUCCACCGUUUGGCAGCGUGAUGUACGAGUUUGUGGGGAAAACGGCUCCGUUCCUCAUCCUGGCUAUUCUAGCCGUACUGGAUGGAGCUCUGCAGCUGUUUGUGCUCCAGCCCUCUAAAGUUGAGCCAGAGACUCAGAAAGGCACAUCGCUGAUGACCCUCAUGAAAGAUCCUUACAUCCUCAUCGCAGCUGGGUCUAUUUGCUUCGCUAACAUGGCCAUUGCGAUGCUGGAACCCGCCCUGCCAAUCUGGAUGAUGGAAACUAUGUGUGCCAGAAAAUGGCAACUAGGUGUGGCGUUUUUACCAGCCAGCAUCUCCUACCUGAUCGGGACCAACAUCUUCGCCGUUAUGGCUAACAAAAUGGGGAGGUGGUUGUGCUCUCUCAUUGGGAUGCUGCUUGUCGGCAUCAGCAUCAUCUGUGUGCCUUUUGCAAAAGACAUCUAUGGACUCAUACUGCCAAACUUUGGGGUUGGAUUUGCCAUCGGCAUGGUGGACUCCUCGAUGAUGCCGAUCAUGGGCUACCUGGUGGACCUCAGACACGUCUCCGUCUAUGGGAGCGUCUACGCCAUCGCUGACGUCGCCUUUUGCAUGGGCUUCGCUUUCGGACCGUCCGCCGGCGGAGCUAUAGCUCGCAGUAUUGGAUUUCCAUGGCUGAUGACCAUCAUCGGUGUGGUGGACAUCCUGUUCGCGCCACUCUGCUUCUUCCUCCGCAACCCACCGGCCAACGAGGAGAAAAUGGCGAUCCUGAUGGACGUCAACUGUUCCAUGAAGACACGCUCCUACUCCACCCAGGGCUCCAGCUACCAGAUGGGAGACGACCUGGAUCUGGACAGUCCAGAAUAG